ACUGGAUGUACACUUAUAUAUAUACGUAUAACAUACAUAAGUAAUAACAUGUGAAAAGAGGUCAUUGUAGUGUGUUCAGGUGGCAAGAGGGUGGUCUGAUGCUGGCUGGUCCAGGACCAUACUCGACGGUAUCGAUCUGAUACCCUAUUAUUAUUAUUGUAUUCUCUUUUUUCUUUUAUAUUUCAUCCUGGUUUUAUUAAUCCCUCUCACUCGCAAUUCUCAAAUUUUUCCUUAUCAUCCUCAUUAGUUAACCAUCAAAAUAAAGUAGUAUUCUACACUACUUCUUUUUUCGAUAUUCUUUUUUUUCUCCAUAUUUGUUUUUCUUUAUCUAUUUAUCUAACUAUAUGUACCUAGAUAGAUGCAGAUAAUACGUUGCGUCUGCGCCCUUACAGCUCUUAUCAGCCCUUUUUUUUUCUUUUACAGUAGUUCCACGAACCUGGCAAAAUCUUUCAGUAAGCUUAAAACUUGGCUACUGUUCACACACGGAGUUUUACUAUUUUUAUCAAAAAUAACGAAUGACAUUUAUUAAAUUCUUGUAAUAAACAUUUAACAGUAAUUAUCAUGGAGAAUAUAAAAAAAUAUAUUUUUUUACGAAUUUAAAAAGUGGAACAAUGUGAUAAUAUGUGUGAUAAUUUUUGUUUUUUUCUAUAAUUGAUUUGAAAAAAAAAAAAAAAAAAAGUUCUUGUUGGUGGUAGUUUAUCAUUAAUUAUGAGAUUCAACAAUGAUUUAUUCUAACAAAUGAGAUCACUGUUAACAAUUAUCAUCGAUACAUUAAAAUUGAUAGAAUAGCUAAUAAUAAUUUUUUUGAAAAAAUCAAAAAAUUUCGAUUGAAAAAAAAAAAAAAAAAAAAUUGUGUAUUAAAUUUAAUUCAAUUAAAUUCAAACGUAAAUAAAAUAUAUUAGUUUUUUUUGCGGUUAUUAAAAAACCACCGCUAGGACGGGUUAUUGACUUUUUUCGCGGAUGUCUGAUAAUAAUGGAGAUAACGUGUGUAAUUUCUUCUUGCAAUUUGAAUAUUUUCAAUCAGGACAUCGUCUUGGACUUUAAACUAGAACCAUUAAGAAAUAAUAUUUUUAAUCUUCCUUAAGAUUGGAAAUUUUGAUAAACAAAUGAUACGGACGCCGAGAGUGAGGAGGACCUGACAGCAAGGGUAAUAUAAAAUUUGAAUUUGAGAAAAAAACCCAAAUUGUUAAAAUUAAAUUUACAGAAAAACAACAGUAAUAAUGAUAAUACUACUAAUAAUAAUUCAAGUAUAAAUAAAAUCGAAAUGAAGAUCUCAACAAUGUCAAGAUCACCAAAGUCAUUGACGAGAAAAAAUGAUUGUUUACUGGUUAAAUCAUCUCAGAAUUCAAAUGAAAAUCAUGAACUGUUUUUGAGCAACUCAGAUGAGAAUUCUGAGCAAAUCAAUGUUGAAUCAAAAAUAAAUUUAAAUGUAAAUAUAAAGACUAAAACGAUCAAAACUGAUUUGAUGACCGAUAAUAAUAGUAAAAAGUGUAAUGAAGAUAAUAUUGAGGAAAAUAACAAUAUAACAAUGGAUCAAGUUGGCAGAUACCUUGAGGAUAAUCCUGCAACUGUUGAAGCCUGGCUACGAGACAAAGCAAGCCCAGAUUUGAAAAUGAGACUAUUAAACACGAAUCUUUUGCCUCCAUCAGCAACUCUAAAUCUUCAUUCGUCAUCGAGUGACAAUACACUUAUAGAAACAAAAAAAAACAGUGUUACAACAAAAAUUUUUAAAUCUUGGUUGGCCACAAAUUCAUCUGUUCCAAAACAAAAAAGUUCUUCCAGUCGACCAAUAACUUUCACGGGACGUCGUGAAGAAUUAAAUCAACUUGAUGACAAUGAACUAUUUAUGGAAUUAAUACGUGAUAUAUCUAAUGAACUGGAUAUUGAUGUUUUAUGUCAUAAAAUAUUAGUGAAUGUUGGUUUAUUAACCCAUGCAGAUAGAGGAAGUUUAUUUCUUGCAAAAGGAUCAUCAGAUGAACGCUAUUUAACAGCUAAAUUAUUUGAUGUAACACAAGAUACUGAACUCGAAGCUGCUGUAAAAAAAGCUAAAAAUGAAGAAGUAAAAAUACCAUUUGGUAUUGGUGUUGCGGGUUACGUUGCUCAGUCUAAAGAAAUAAUAAAUAUUAAAGAUGCUUACAAUGAUCCAAGAUUUAACAAUACAAUUGAUAUGAGAACUGGUUAUAAAACUAAUUUAAUAUUGUCAAUGCCAAUUUGUGAUUAUGAGGGUGAAGUUAUUGGAGUUGCUCAAAUUAUUAAUAAAACUGACGGUAGUAAUGAAUUUGAUGAUAAAGAUGUUGAAGUUUUUCGAAGAUACCUGACAUUUUGUGGCAUUGGAAUACAAAAUGCACAAUUAUUUGAAUUAUCUGUUCAAGAAUAUAAAAGAAAUCAGAUUUUGUUAAAUUUAGCAAGAAAUAUAUUUGAAGAUCAAAAUAAUCUUGAAUGUUUGGUUACUAAAAUCAUGACUGAAGCAAAAGGACUGCUUAAAUGUGAAAAAUGUGCUGUUUAUUUGCUUGAUCUUGAUUGUAGUGAAGCUGGACAUUUGGAAAAAAUUGUUGAGAGACCUGGUAAAUUUGUUCAAGGUGAUAGAAAACCAUUGUCGAGAAGAGAAAGCAAUAAUAUUAACAUAGAAGAUAUUUUUUCACGCCAGACUGUGAAUGAUGGAAAUACAAAAUUUACAAUGGCAUUUGAAAUGGAAAAUCAAAGCCAGGAAGCACGUGUCAGUCGUCCAAGUACCAGUGAUUUGUCCAGUCCACUUGGUAAAAUAGCCAGAUACGUUGCAAGUACUGGUCAAAUAUUGAAUAUCAGUGAUGUUGCUAUUUGGCUGAAACGUGAAGUUUUAGACAAAGAAAUGAAUUCAAUAAAGAGUAUUCUAUGCAUGCCAAUUGUUAAUGGUCAAAAAAUUGUAAUUGGUGUUGCUCAGUUAAUAAACAAGGAUAAUCAAAGUUCUUUUACCGAUUUGGAUGUAUCAAUAUUUGAAGCAUUUGCAAUUUUUUGUGGCCUAGGUAUUCACAAUACUCAGAUGUACGAAUCAGCAUGUAAAUUAAUGGCUAAACAAAAAGUAGCACUUGAGUGUCUUAGUUAUCAUGCAACAGCAAGCAAUGAAGAUGCAGUUAAGCUAACAACUGAACAAAUACCAUCAGCAGACAAGUAUAAUUUAUUUAGUUUUACAUUUAUUGACUUCGAUCUCAAUGAUGAUGAUACUUGUCGUGCAACUGUAAGAAUGUUCAAAGCAUGUAAUCUUAUUCAAAGAUUUCAUAUUCCUUAUGAUGUACUUUGUCGUUGGAUUUUGAGUGUUAAAAAAAAUUACCGACCUGUAAAAUAUCACAAUUGGAGACAUGCUCUUAAUGUUGCUCAGACAAUGUUUGCAAUGUUAAAAACUGGAAAAAUGGAACAAUUUAUGACUGAUUUGGAGAUACUUGGUUUGUUGGUUGCUUGUUUGUGUCAUGAUCUUGAUCAUCGAGGGACAAACAAUGCAUUUCAAACAAAAAUAGAAUCACCACUUGCAAUUCUAUAUUCAACUAGUACAAUGGAACAUCAUCAUUUUGAUCAAUGUGUCAUGAUACUCAGCUCAGACAGUAAUAAUAUUUUUCAAACACUCUCAAUGGAGGAUUAUAGACGUGUUAUGAAAGUCGUUGAAAGUGCAAUAUUGUCAACUGAUCUUGCUGUUUAUUUUAAAAAAAAGAAUAAAUUUAUGGAAUUAAUUGAUGAUGGUGAAUUCGAUUGGCAGAGUGAAGAAAAAAAAGAAUUACUUUGUGGGAUGAUGAUGACAGCAUGUGAUGUAAGUGCAAUUGCAAAACCUUGGGAAGUACAACACAUAGUUGCAAAAUUAGUUGCUGAUGAAUUUUUUGAUCAGGGUGAUCUAGAAAAAUUACAGCUAAAUCAACAACCAGUUGCAAUGAUGGAUCGUGAACGUCGUGAUGAAUUACCACAAAUGCAAGUUGGUUUCAUUGAUGUUAUUUGUUUACCCUUAUACAAAGUUUUAUCAGAAACAUUUCCUUGGAUAAUGCCAUUGUACGAAGGUACUGCAGAUAAUAGAAAACACUGGCAAGAUCUUGCUGAGAAAGUUGAAAUGGGUUUAACAUGGAUUGAUCGUGAUACAAUCGAAGAACCAGUAGAAGAAUUUGUAUCACAAGAACCAAAAGAUAUUGAAUUUACAGUAACAACGUUGAAUUGUGUACAAGAAAAAAAAGAAGCAAUUGUAGGAACAACUAAAACACUUGAUGCACCAAAAACGCCACUUGGUAGAUUUGCAUCGUUGAGAAAAGGUGGACGUUCAAUUGGUAAAGGUGUACGUCAUCGUUUAAGUAGAUCACUAUAUGCAAGAAGUAGUUCUGAAGAUAUUGGUAAAGUCAAGGUUGCAUUACCUGAGCGAAAAACUAAAAAUAAUAAUAAAUUGUGUCUUCUUAUUUGACGUCUUACGACAUCGAGUAAUUUGGAAAGUAUACCCGAGUGACUAAUAAUUAGUAAAUAAAAUAUCUUUUAAAUUUUGACAAUUAGUUCUCUCAUCAUCAAAUUUUUUAAAAUAUAUUUUAACAUCGGUUUUAAUAAUAAUUAUCAGUUUUUUGAAUUUAUCAGUCCCUCAAUGUUGGAGAAUGAAUAAUAAUAAUAAUAAUAAUAGUAAUAAUAAUUACCGGAAAGUGAUAUAUUAAGUUAAUCAAAAACUAAAAAAACGAAAAUAUAGUAUUGAAAAAAGUUAGAAUUAUAUUUAAAAAAUUAAGUCAAUGCUAGUCUAAAAAGGUGAGUUUUU